AAGUUAAGUUAAGGGCUAUCCCGCUAGAGGGUACUGGAAUUAUUACAAGUUUUUUAUCGUUUAGUAGUGUUAGCUUUCACUCUUUCAUAUACAUAUUGAUGACGUGCUCUACCAGGGAUUGGAUAUAUGGUGUUAAAUUCAUUGUUUAAGCCAAGAUAAUGCGUAUGAAAUCGUGCACCUCAGUGCCGCCUAUCGGAAAAUUGCCCAAUAAAGAGUUACGAGAGACCUCUAAAAUAACUAGCUCGAGAGUUUAAAAAAUCAACAUUGUACAUAAAACAGUGAUUUCACGUUAGAUCUCUAUUGCAGUACAAUAAGAAUGCAAAUUAUUAUGUUUUUAUAUGCGGCAAUGUUUUAGUAUGUUCUGGGGAAUGACAAAAUUCAAUCACAAUUUUUCCUAGUCUUGAUUUUGGAAAUCCAGCAUGGAGGAGAACGGAGUCACGUUUUCGAGGUUUUCUUAAAUUUUAUUUAAAAGUUAAAUGAAGAUGAGGCUUCUUCUUCGUGGCUUCACGGGAGGUGUAAGGAUUUUGCAAUCAGAAACAUACUUACUAGCAAGAGUCGGCACAAACCUCAAGUGCUGUCAGUUUCUACCUAAGAAACCAACACUUUGCAGGACCUUGUACUUGUCAUCCGUGAGGUUAAAAAAAGGGAAAGCUUUGGAAGAUGAAAACAUUGUGGACCUUUCAGAAAACUCAGUAGAUUUUAUUAGGAACUUCAGCAUCAUUGCACAUAUUGACCAUGGCAAGAGCACUCUUGCUGACAGACUUCUAGAAUUUACAGGUGUGAUUCCAGAAAGUGCCAAAAAUGCUCAAGUUUUAGAUAAGUUACAAGUGGAAAGAGAAAGGGGAAUCACAGUAAAAGCACAGACAGCUACCCUUUUCCAUAUGUACAAAGAUCAAGAAUAUAUGCUCAACCUUAUUGACACUCCUGGUCAUGUUGACUUCCAUUAUGAAGUGUCUAGAUCACUUAGUGCUACACAAGGAGUCAUUCUUCUAGUAGAUGCCACUCAGGGUGUGCAGGCACAAACUGUGGCCAACUUUUACCUUGCAUUUGAAGCCAAUCUUGCUAUUAUCCCAGUAUUGAAUAAGAUUGACCUAAAGACGUCAAAGACAGAGCAGGUCAUAGAGGAGCUCAAUACAAUGUUUGAUAUUGAACCUGAAGAAGUUUUACAGAUCUCUGCCAAGCUUGGUAUUGGUAUUGACAAGUUAUUAGAAGCUGUGAUCCAAAAAAUACCUCCCCCACCCUGUGAUGUAGAAAAGCCAUUUAAAGCUCUUUUAUUUGACUCUUGGUUUGACAAGUACCAAGGAGCUGUUGCAAAUAUUGCUGUCAAAGAUGGGUCACUGAAAAAAGGUGAUGAGAUUGUCUCUGCAUACACACAGAAGAGGCACCCAGUCAUGGAACUUGGCUUCAUGCACCCUCUACCUACCAAAACAAAUGCGCUCUAUGCAGGGCAGGUGGGAUAUAUUGUUGCUAACAUGAGGAAUACUAAAGAAGCAUUAAUUGGAGACACACUUUACAAAGUCAAAUCUCCUGUGGAACCUUUCCCUGGGUUCAGAGCACCAAAGCCAAUGGUGUUUGCUGGGGUGUUUCCUGCAGACCAAGGGGAAUAUUUUAACCUUAAAGUAGCCAUAGAAAGGCUUAUUCUCAAUGACUCUAGUAUAGAGCUUAAUGUAGACUCUAGUGAUGUUUUAGGCCAGGGCUGGAGACUUGGCUUUCUUGGUAUUCUUCAUAUGGAGGUAUUUAAUCAGAGGUUAGAACAGGAAUAUGAUGCUAACAUCAUUAUCACUUCACCAAGUGUACCAUAUAGAGUUAAAAUCUUUGGAGAGAAGAACAUUAAAAUGUAUGGCACUGAUGAAAUAAUGGUAUUAAAUCCCAGCAAGCUUCCAAAUCCUGCCAUCAUCUCAGAAGUGUUGGAACCCAUGGUCCAGGGCACAGUAAUAACGCCAUCAGAGUACAGGAAAGACAUAACAACAUUAUGUCAGGAUAAAAGGGGCCAUUUGGAAGAAGAGAUACAUAUUGGAGAAGACAGAAUAUUGAUGAAGUUUAUUCUACCUCUUAACGAGAUUGUGUUGGACUUCUUUGAUAAAUUGAAGGCCAUUUCAUCAGGAUAUGCAAGUUUUGAUUAUGAAGAUCAUGGUUACCAACAGUCCCAGGUGACAAAGGUGACCUUUAACUUGAAUGAUCAUGAGGUGGAGGAGCUAUCCAUGCUAGUACACACGUCCAAAGCUGUGCAAGAAGCCAAGGAGAUGUGUGUUAAACUCAGGGACAAUGUCCCCAGGCAGUUGUUCCUUAUAGCAGUCCAGGCAAGGAUAGGUGGGCAAGUUGUUGCCAGAGAAAAUAUCAAGCCUAUGAAGAAAGACGUUACUGCCAAAUGUUAUGGUGGAGAUAUAACAAGAAGAAAAAAACUUUUAAAAAACCAAGCUGAAAAGUUGAAAAAAAUGAGAAAAAUUGGAAAAAUUACUGUGCCAAAGGAAACGUUUAUAAACAUACUGAAAAGGUAGCAGUAAGCUCUGUCUGGGGAGUAUUGUUACAAGCUGAAAACAUGUCCAGACAGAUGCACAUUGUCAUUGAUACUGCAGCAAAAUAGAUGCUGAUUUUCAGGUAGUUUUCCUAGGCUGUGAUUCAAGUUAGCAGUGCACGCAUGUGUCUGGAAUACCAUCAUGGUAACUAGUAAGAGUCUGAACCAUGUUUGGAUCAUUUCUUGCAAAAGUACACAUAAAAAAUGCUCUAGACUGUGGGAUAUUAGUGACGUUACUUUACCUAUUGGGAGAGAUAGCUACACAUCAGCGACAAGAGACAUAAGAACUUUUCACACAAACUUGAUUUGGAAAUCAUCUUGGUUAUAUUAAUUUUAUGUUAAGGCAAUGUGGAGGUAAAAUAAGUACAUGAAGAUAACCAGGCAUUCGUUUGAGGUAAUAUUUUCACAAACAUUUUAGUAGACUUCUGGAUGUCUGUUCUAGUAAUCAUUUUUAAAUGAAAA